GCAGAAGUCAGAAGUAGACGCAGCGGAUUCGAACCAACACCCUUGUGGUAAGUUUUUGAUUUGCGUGAUUCUACCACUCCAGCAGCGCAAGCAUUUUUGAUUUCCGGGCAGAGAGAGAGCUGGAUUCGAGGACGUGUCAGUGUUUUUCCAAAGAUAUGGACUUGAAGUGCAACAUAUGCUUUCACAAGUUUGACUUGGGUCACCACCGACCCAAGAGCUUGCCCUGUGGGCACACCAUAUGCAAAGAAUGUCUUGCGAAUCCUGGUCUUGGAAAGAAAUGUCCAACGUGCAGAAAGAACCUGCCCGCCAACCCAGGCACCCUCCCUGACAACGUCUUGGUGGUCCAGAUCAUAGAGGGUGCCCCACCCCCCAGCAAGGUGGCCAGAACGGAAGACCCGCGGGUGCAGCAGCUGCAGUGCGGCGUGGAGGCGGGGAGGAAGCUGGUGGAGGAGCUGCGCAAGUCAGUUCCCGAGGCGAUCAAGGCCCUGAACCUCCUAGUGAACGUCUCCGCCAAUCACCUUUAUGUCAUGGAAGAGGCUCUAGAGCAGCUGCAGCAGGAGGCGGCAGGCGGCGCUGACAUCAAUCCCUCGCCAUUCCUCAUGCGGCUGGCCGUGCAGGAGGAGGACAGAUUUCGCCUGCUGACCACCACCACAUGUAGCUUGGUGGCGGUGGAAGGCGAGGACUCCUGGAGGGCAUCCGUGGAGCUAGGACAAUCCGAUCACGUCUUUCGCCUUUUACUGCAACAGCUUCGGAUGGACGGCCAGUUGCAGAAGGUUGACGACGCCAAUCCCACCGCUCUUUCGUCCUACAUGGGGCCGCCAAGGAUCUCCGUCCUCUCCAUAGACGACGAAGCGGACCUUGACGAUGAAGGGGAUCUAAAGGUAGACGACAUUCUACGGAACGGACGGCGCUGGAAGCAUGUGCGCUCUGUUAGAAACUUAAGUGGCCGUGGUUCGGAAAAACUUCUGCGUGUUGUGGCUCCUCACCUUGAAGAACUGGAGAUGUCCGGUCCUGUUGGGCCGGGUGUCAUGGAAGAGGUAAAAGAAAUGAAAUUGCUCAGAAGACUGAUUGUUGAAUACGAUGAAGAUUAUAGUGUCUAUCCGGACUUGCCAGUGCACCUGGAAGAGCUAUCCCUAAUUUGUCCAGUAUUGAACCAGUUCCAAAGCAUGCGCCACCUCACAAAGCUUCGUAGCUUAAAUAUCGAAUACAGCCGCAAUGCUCCAGCUGUGUCCUUCAACCGCCCUCUAUUUUGCGAGCCGCUGUGGCUAGGCGUUUCUUUUCAUUUGGGUCAGAGAAACACCGCGUUGUCCAUGAUUCGCGCAUUUGCCCCGAAACUGCAAGGGCUCCAGAUCUACUGCUCCACCACCAGGGAGAACGCUGAUCGGGACUUCUAUUUCCCCGACCUCGGUCCUGACCUUGCCGCCUGCGGUCUGAACGCCCUGCGCCAGCUCGUACUUGAGCGGCCGCACUCGGUGUGCUCGCAGGUCGAUGUGUGCUUGCUUCAGAUGCAGACCAUUCGUGGCUUCCUGCCCUCGUCCGUAACUGUGCUCUGCGACAUAUGUCAUAGGUCUGUGCUCUAAGGCAAGUGUCCUGGACAGAACGUACUAAUGGCAAGUCUGCUGUUUGUUUCUUUGCUCUGCACGUGAUACGACCGCGGGCUGUAGUAGAAGUAGAUUUGUACUUUAUGUUACUCUGUGACAUCCCGCGUCGAGCGACUAUCAAUGUAUGAAAAUUGAGGCUGUAGAGAACUAAAUUCUUGUUAUGAUGAUUAUUUUUUAAUAUAUUUUUUUAUUUUGUGAACAAUA